AUUUAUUUAUUUUCCGCUCUUGUCUGGCUCUUAACAGCGAUGUGGGUGCCCGGACUCCUGGGUCCCUUGGCCCUGCUGGCCUUUUCUGCAGGUGGCUGCCAGGGACUGUCCUUCCAGCUUCCGCCACAGACGCGCAAGUGUCUGAAAGAGGAGCUUCACCGAGAUGUGAUGGUCACCGGGGAAUUCGUGGUCUCGGAAGCCACCGCGCCGGGGAUCAGGACAGACUUGCGGGUUACGGACUCCUCUGGCCACCUCUUGUACUCCAAGGAUGAUGCCAAGAAAGGAAAAUUUGCCUUCACCACAGACGACUAUGAGAUCUAUGAGAUUUGCUUUGAGAGUCAUGGCCAGCCAGGGAAUUUCCGGGUCCCUGACCAACUGAUCACCCUCAAUAUCAAGCACGGGGUGGAGGCACGGAAUUAUGAGGACAUUGCGAAGGCUGAGAAACUCAAGCCCUUGGAGGUGGACCUUCGUCGGCUCGAGGACCUUUCCGAAUCCAUCGUCAAAGACUUUGCCUUCAUGAAACAACGCGAGGAGGAGAUGCGUGAUACCAAUGAAUCCACCAGCGCUCGGGUCUUCUACUUCAGCAUUUUCUCCAUGCUCUGCCUUGUGGGUCUGGCCACUUGGCAGGUCUUCUACCUCAGACGCUUCUUCAAAGCCAAGAAACUCAUCGAGUGAUUGAGCUCCGGUUUGGGCACAGGGGGAGAGGGAAGAAGUGGGCAGCUCCCCCCCCCUUUACCGGACUCUCCUGCCUAGUUUUGCCAUGGAUCUAGCCUGCAACCUGUUAGGUGUGAACCAUGCUCAAUCUCUCUCCGCUGAAUUGUUCCACUCCGAAGGUGACUGGAUUAUUUUUUUCCGGGAUUUCCUUGUGGCCAAGACGACUGGGUGGAACAUGACAACUGGACUGGAUCUCUUUGCUAGCCAGGAAUGGAGCCGCUCAUCAGACAAGGCAUGGAUUCUGGGGAGCAGAUUAGAAAACCACUUGCUGUUCCUCCCCAACCGACUGGUGUUCGUGUGCUCUGCAUGGUGGUGGUGCUGGGGAUGUGGUGGGGUGGGUGUUUUAAUUAGACUAGGUAAUUUAAGUCCCAACUGCUGAGUGUAAUACUUUGGAAGUAAUAAAUUUUGGUUCCUAGA